UUUUUUUUCAAACGAUGAAAUCUUCAAUUUUAAUUAUGGACAAACACAACUUAUGUUAGACAAUUUUGUUGAAGCAGAAAAAAUUUUAAAACAAAUAAAUGGACAUCAGACAACUUCAACACUAAUUUAUUGUCUUUGCUUAGCUCGUGCACAAAUUGCGAAUGGGAAUGGAAAAGAGGCUUGGGGGGUUUAUCAGAAGGAGAAACACAUUCCAAAUUCACAAAUGAUUUUGAGGUUGAUUGCUAAUGAUUGUUAUCGGUGA